GCCGCCGCACCCGUGAGUAGCUAUGCCGCACUUGCUUCGCAGCAGGGCCGAGAGGAUGAGACACACGCUGGCACCAGUCCGACCCUUCAUGACGGAUGACGCAUUCCCGGCCGCCACCUAUACGCAAAGGCGGCCCUGAUUCCGCUCUGCUGCGCCGCACCCUGCUGUGUCUGCGGUCGUCGCUGACCCAUGCUCUUUGCCGUGCUGCAGUCUGCCUCCCUUCUCCCACCACUCUCUGUACACUACCGCCGCCUCUACUGUAUCACCCACGCAUUGCAUCUUUCUCCUUCUCUCUGCCGACCAUGUCGCGAAGAGCCGCAGCAAGCCUCGUCGCCGGGCCCAGCCGCAUUCGCCUCGCUGCACCAUGCCGGCUGCCACGGCCCGCCGCAUGCUCCUCGACACGGCACCUCUCCUCCACUGGCGGCGGCGGCGGCUCCUCGUCGCGCGACCCGGCGUCCGAGGCGCACUUUUCCAAGCUCUCCAGCACGUGGUGGUCGCCGUCGGGCGAGCUGGGCCUGCUGCACGCCAUGAACCCGGUGCGCGUGCGCUGGGUGCUCGACAAGCUGCGCGCCGUCGAUGCGUGGGACGCGGCGGUGCGCGACGUGCGCGAGGGCCGCAAGGGCAGAGAGGAGCCGGAGGAGCAAGGCCUGCGCGGACGCGAGACGCUCGAUGUGGGCUGCGGCGGCGGACUGCUGACCGAGUCGCUGGCUCGGCUCGGCGCCCGCGCCCAUGGCAUCGACGCCACGGCGUCGAACAUCCCCAUUGCGCUGCACCACGCCUCGCAGGACCCGUCGCUGCCGCUCGUGGGCGCCUCAGGCCCGGCUACCGACGGCGCGUCGCUCUCGUACGAGCAUACCACCGCCGAGGACCUGCUGCUGCGCCGGCGGGCCGAGUGCGGCGCCGGCAACGAAGGCUACGACGUGGUCUGCGCCAUGGAGGUCAUCGAGCAUGUGGCGGGGCCCGGCGACUUUCUCCGCAGCCUGGCGCAGCUCGUGCGCCCGGGAGGGCAUCUCUUCCUCUCGACGAUUGCACGCACGCCGCUCAGCUACUUUCUCACCAUCCUCGUCGCCGAGGACGUGCUGGGCCUCGUGUCCAAGGGCACCCACACGCACUCGCAGUACAUCAACCCCACCGAGCUCGACGCCUUCUUCACGCACGAGAUCCCCUGGCUGGGCCAGAAGCCCCGCGACGAGCUCGACGCGCGCACGCCGCACAAGAUGCGCAGCGAGACGCGCGGCGUCGCCUACAUCCCUUGGCGCGGCGCCUGGGAGCUGAGCCCAGACUGGGCAAAGGAGUGGAAGACGGAGCAGGGCAACUACUUCUACUACAUCCGGCGGCCGCUCGAGGAUGCGUAGUGGGCGGGGCGCGUUCAUGCAAUUACAAUCGUACAGCUUGGUGCGA